CUUAACCAAUAUGAUUUAAUAAUACUUUAAUCCAUUCAGAAAAAGCAAUCGGUGUGCCUACACGCUAUUUGAUGAAAAAAGUUCUCACGAGAUAACUGUUGAGGAUGAAUUAGCUAUUUUAAAACCUAUUCCAAAUUAUGUAUGGGAAGAUGAUUAUUAUGAAUAAUUGAAUCUAGAGUUGAAAUAUCAUAACAUAGAUGUGUAGGUACUAUCACAUUCAGAGUGGUAAACUCUUUUAAAAACUGGAACCUACGAUUCAAAUAAAAACCUACUAUUAUCAAUAUUCACUACAAGAUCUUUAACAGUGAAGCAGGUUUUUGAUUUCAUAACAAUGCAAUGCUAAAUGUCGUGUUAAUUUGCCUAACUUAAAGAUUAAGUGAAAGAAAAGAAUUAUGAAUGUAUCAGUAAGGACGUUAAUAGAACUUUUAAGAGUUCAAUUUAUUUUUAGAAAGAAGAAGUUCUUUAAAGACUUUAGGACAUACUGGUGGCUUACAGUAAUUUGGAUUCCGAGGUAUCAUAUGGUUAGGGAAUGAAUUUCAUUGUUGCAGCCCUAAUGUAUUUGGACUUCAAUAAUGACGAAGCCAUUUUUGAAAUUCUAAGAACCAUAAUAAUGGAUAGGGAGUGGAGAUAAUGCUAUAUUAAUGAUACACCUGGGUUAUUCCUAUUGGUAGCAAAAUUCAACUUCAAAUUUAGGAAAAGAAUGCCUGAAUUAUAUCAUCAUUUCCUUAGACUUGGAAUUGAGGAUAUGAGCAUGUGUGUAAAUUCAUUUUAUUUGACUCUGUGUAUGCAACAUGCUCCGAUAUAAUUCUCUUUGGUCAUAUUGGCGAUGUUUUUUAUAGAAGGGGAAGACAUAAUAACCAAGAUAAUACUAUCAAUGCUGAAGUAUUUUGAGAAUUAUUUAUUGAAAUAAAACGACUUUUAAAAAAUAACUGAGUUCAUCAAGAGGGGAUUGAUAAAUAAUUUCUAUCGAGAAAUGCAAAAAUGUAGGAAACAGUAGAGAUUAGUAUAGGUGCUUUUAGAUAUUGGAUUCAUUAAAAGGAAAGAAAAAAAGUAACACAAACCAAAAAAGGCUAAGGGUUUAAUGGGAAAAUUAAUGGCAAAACCAUUAUCAUUUGGAAAUGAUGUUUAUAGUUAUUUUUUUAAAUGA